GGGGUGGUUGAGCGUUUCGGGUGCGUUUCGUCUGGUCUGUUGUCUGCGCAAGGCAUUUGCUGCGGCCGUACAGUGCAGCGCUUGGGCCCUUAGAGGCUAGCGCGACGGCCUUAGAGAAACGCUUUUCGGGGUUACACACGGCGCGUACCGGCGUACGGGGCGAAAAACCGCGGUGCGCGUCGCUUGAGGCCCACUGUUAAAACAACGACUCUGAGGCGAAACCGCGCCGACGCCGCGCACUGCGCAGUGGGCGCGCCGCCCAGCGUGACGGCGCCGCCGGCGCCGCACUCUGCGGCCGCGCUGCGCGCCCGAGAGAACCCUGCCGCAGCCCUCGCGACCGCUACCUCACCGCAGGCGACAGCCAAAAAGCAAGAAAGAUGCCGCUCUCCGUAAACACGCACGAGAGCGCCGCCCUCUACCAGAGCAUGGCGGCGAACCUACGCAAGGCGCACGGCACGAUGCGCGAGGUCCUCGAGGCGCCGGACCGCGCCGCCACGCUCCCCGGCGAGGCGCCGGACCGCGCGGCGACGCUGCCGAAGCCCUCGACGAAGGUCACGUUCGCCUCUGCGCCCGACAAGGAGAACGCGUCGCCGGCCUACCAGCCGCGCAAGGCCUCGCCGCCGCCCGCGCGCGCCGCCGCCGCGACGCCGACGACGGUAGCGUCCUUCGGCGAGGAAGGCGCCGACGCGACGCCCGACGCGCCGCCGAAGAAGACGACGCCCAAGCCAGCGCCGGCCGCGAAGGCGCCGGUCGCCGCGAAGCCGGAGAAGCCGGCGGAGCCGACCAAACCACAGCAGCCGCCGGCCGCGUGGGCCGCGGCCCUCGCCAAGAAGAAGGCGCCUCCAUCAAAGAAGAACGCGAAGGCCGCGCCGGCGCCGACCGUCUACCGCAGCGGCUGGAGCGAGAGCCAGGGCAGCGACGCGCACCGCGCCGCGGGCGGCACGCAGGCGCACGGCUUCGGCGGCUCGCCCUACGCGGCCGACCCGCUGCGCUUCCUGCCCAAGGCCGCCGCCGCGCCGGCGGCGCCCCAGCGCGUCGGCAAGUUCAAAUGGCCGCCGUCGCCGGAGAAGCCCUCACCACCGAAGGCCGCUCCCCAAACACCCGGCUUCGACGAGACGGCGCCCGACGUGUCGCCCGAGUUCAAGGCCAGGAAGGCGCCGGCCGCCGCGCCGGCGAGCGUCUACCGGUCGGGCUGGAGCGCGGCGCUGCCCGCGGCGGCGCCGCGCGAGGGCCCCGCGGCGUGCGCGAGCCCCGGGCCCGGGACGCCCUCUGCUAAUUCGCUCGAGGCGGCCGAGCCCCUCGAGGCGGCCAUGGACUCGAUCUCGCCGCUGACGGACGAGGCCCGGAGCCUCGCGGAGGGCGUCGCCGCAGCGUCGCCGGCCGUCGAGUCGCCGGCCGACGCGGGCGCCGUCUACCCGGAGUCGCCCGCGGACCCGGGGGCCGUCUUCCCGGCGUCGCCGGCGGAGGACGACGGCGUUGUUGACGAGGGAGAAGAAGAGGACGAGGUCGACGAGCUCGAGGCCGAGAAGACGUGGCCGUCGAGCGACGGGUCCAAGGCGGCCGACGAGCCGCCGGCGCCGGAGGCGGCCUGGGCGCGCGUCGCGCGGCGCCGGUCGUGCGCGCGGCGCGCGUCCGUCGAGCACGGGCGGUCGCCUCGCGCCGCCCCGGCGCCCGGCGCGGGCUGGGCCGGGGCCUGGGACGUGCUGCGCGACGCGUUGGAGCGGGGCGCGUCCGUCGGUGCCGCGGCUGAGUCGCUCGCGGCCGAGUCGUCCGUGGCUGAGCGGAAAUCAAAUUUCGGGCGCCCCACGCCAUCGACGCGACGCGCUUCCACACAGGUCCGUGGUCCUCUCCGACGCGCAAAAAGAAGAUUUUUGCGACCUCAUGGCCGCGCGGGACUUCGGGUCCUGCGACGAGCACCCCGAGGACUUUCCUUCUCGUGAACUGGCGGUCGAGUUCGUCGAGGACGUCAAGGCCAAGGCCAAGAUAUCGGACGGCGUCGCGGCGCGCGAGUCGGGCGGCUCGACGGACCUGUCGGGCCUGUUCGCGUCGGUCGACGAGCUCGGCCCCGACCUCCAGACGGCGCUGGCCGCGGCCACGGAGGUCCCGUCGGAGGAGGUCGCGGAGGCGCCCACCAAGAAGCCCUCGGCGCGGAGUUUGAGAAGGGCCGUCGUCGCAGCGAUCCGCACCGUGGCCGCCGAGCAUCUCGCGCCGCGCGUCGUUUCCUACGACGAGGCGACGGGUCUCUACGGCGUCGACUGCCGCAUUACUGUGGAAGACGGUUCCGUCGUGCGCAUGGCCGUCGAGCGCGACUUCACGGAUUUCGUGCGGUGCCGCGCCGGGCUCGUCGAGAAGCUCGCGACGACGGCGCACGGCCGCACGCUCGUGGGCAAGUUGAACAAGGUCCCGAAGAAGCGCGUCCGGUCGCUCCUGAAGGCCAAGGCGCGCGACGCCGUCCAGGGCGGCGGCGCGGGCGAGACCAAGUGGCAGAGGAAGCAGCGGCCGCGGCUCCAGCGCUGGCUCGACUCCGCGGUGAUUGUCGUGCGGGACUGCAAGCGGGCGGAGCGCUACGCGACGCAGCCCUUCGGAGCGGGCGACGCGGAGGACAUCGCGUUGGAGACCGAGGUGCGUCGGGCGUCCGAUAAUUCUUCACAAAGUCAUUGAUCGGCGACAAAGCGGCCCCGCGACUGAAUCGAGCACUGAGGGACCCGGACCGUCACGCCGUCGAGCAGGCGUCGCGUCGAGCCUCGCCAUCGACGCGACGAUUCAGCGCGCGCCGUGAAGUUUGAUAUCUACACAGGACUACUUCAAGUGCUUCCUCCUGCAGGGCGCGGUGUACCGGGGCCUGGACGCGAUCGACCCCAUCAUCGACGUCAACGAGCUCUAGAAGGGGGCCGGCCUCUAUCGGGCGACGACCAAGCGCCGCCUUCCUUACUCUAAGAAUCAUGCUACGUGUG